CUUCUGACCUUUCGUCUGUCUCCUUUCUCAUUUCUUCCACCCUCUUGAACGAGGAUUGAGGAACGAAAGAGAAAGAAGAGAGAAAAAUGAGAUUUCGCACGCUUUUUCUUCUCACACUCUUCCACAUUCCUCUGCUUCUCGACUCGGUCGACUCGACCGAGCCACCAUUUUCCUGUGACUCGUCGAACCCAGCAACUCAGUCCUACAAAUUCUGCAAAGCGUCUCUACCCAUCAAUGAAAGAGUCCAAGACCUCAUUUCUCGCCUGACCCUAGAUGAGAAGAUAUCCCAGCUGGUGAACUCAGCACCCGCGAUUCCCAGACUCGGCAUCCCGAGUUACCAGUGGUGGUCUGAGUCGCUGCACGGGGUCGCCAGCUCAGGACCCGGGAUCCGAUUCAACGGAACGAUCCGAUCGGCCACCAGCUUCCCUCAAGUCAUCCUCACCGCAGCUUCAUUCAAUGCCCGCCUGUGGUACCGCAUCGGACAGGCUACUGGAAUUGAAGCUCGAGCGAUUUAUAAUGCCGGACAAGCGACCGGAAUGACGUUUUGGGCCCCGAAUAUUAACAUUUUUAGGGACCCCAGAUGGGGGAGGGGGCAGGAGACCCCAGGAGAAGACCCCCUGAUGACUGGCAAGUAUGCAGUUUCUUAUGUGAGGGGAUUGCAAGGGGAUUCUUUUCAAGGAGGGAAAUCAAGUGGUGGAGGUCUUGAUCAUUUGAUAGCUUCUGGCUGUUGCAAGCAUUUCACUGCCUAUGAUUUGGAUAAUUGGAAAGGGACCACACGUUUUGUGUUCAAUGCUCGUGUGUCAAUGCAGGAUUUGGCAGACACGUACCAGCCACCAUUCAAGAGCUGCAUUGAGGAGGGUCGUGCAAGUGGGAUCAUGUGUUCUUACAACCGUGUGAAUGGAGUACCUAGCUGCGCGGAUUUCAACCUCUUAUCCAAAACAGCGAGGGCGAAAUGGGGCUUUUAUGGGUACAUCACCUCGGACUGCGAUGCGGUUUCCAUCAUUCAUGACGCGCAGGGCUACGCCAAAACCCCAGAAGACGCAGUCGGAGAUGUACUCAGAGCCGGCAUGGAUGUAAACUGCGGUUCAUAUCUGCAGAAACACACAAAAUCAGCUAUUCAACAGAAAAAACUCUCAGAAUCUAACAUAAACAGAGCCCUCCACAACCUCUUCUUCAUCAGAAUGAGGUUGGGAUUGUUCAAUGGCAACCCAAAAAUGCAGCCUUACGGAAAUAUCGGAUCAAACCAUGUCUGCUCCAAAGAACAUCAGAAUCUUGCCCUUGAAGCUGCCCACAACGGCAUAGUCCUGUUAAAGAAUUCAGCAAGACUCCUUCCUCUAUCAAGAAUGAAUUCCAGGUCCCUUGUAGUGAUUGGCCCAAAUGCUGACAACCCACAAACACUCUUGGGAAACUAUGCGGGCCCUCCGUGUAUAUCUGUUUCCCCGCUCCAAGCAUUGAGGAAUUAUGUGAAGGACACCCAGUACUACUCUGGCUGUGAUACGGUUGCCUGUGCUUCAGGCUCUAUCGAGAAAGCAGUGGAAGCAGCGGGAAUGGCCGAUCAUGUGAUUUUGAUCAUGGGCUUGGAUCAAACACAGGAAAAGGAAGAACUGGAUAGAGUGGACUUGGUUCUCCCAGGGAAGCAACAGAGUCUUAUUACUAGCGUGUCGAGAGCUGCAAAGAAGCCAGUUGUCCUGGUGCUUAUUUGUGGCGGUCCUGUUGAUGUUACAUUCGCGAAAUACAAUUCAAAGAUCGGAAGCAUUUUGUGGGCUGGUUAUCCUGGAGAAGCUGGUGGAAUUGCACUUGCGGAGAUUAUCUUCGGUGAUCAUAAUCCAGGAGGGAGAUUACCCAUCACUUGGUAUCCCCAAGGUUUCACUAAAGUGCCAAUGACAGAUAUGAGGAUGAGAUCUGAUCCUGCAUCUGGCUACCCUGGCCGCACAUACAGAUUCUACCGUGGUAGAGAAGUGUUCAAAUUCGGUUAUGGACUCAGCUACUCAACCUACUCGUAUGAAUUCGUCUCUGUUACAGCAAACCAUCUUUAUCUGAACGUAUCUAGCAGCUUUCAGGCUACUGAGAAGUUGGGUUCCAUCCGCUAUAAUACAGAUAGUAUGGGUGCUGAAUUCUGUGAGAAGCUGAAGUUCUCGGCCCUCAUCGGAGUGAAAAAUCAUGGGGAGAUGCCUGGAAGGCAUCCUGUGUUGCUUUUCUUACAGCGGUCCGAAAUUCAAGGCGACAGCCCGACGAAACAGUUGGUUGGAUUUGAGAGUGUGCAUUUGGAUGCAGGAAAGAGAGCUGAAAUUGGAUUUGUUCUGAGUCCUUGUGAGCAUCUCAGUAGGACAGAUGAAGAUGGUUCCAAGGUAAUGGAAGGAGGGUCCCAUUUCUUGGUUGUGGGUGAUGAGAGGUACCAGGUAACCAUUGUAGUUUGAAAUGGAGGAAAGAGAUUAAAGAUAUUCUAAGCUAUGGGUAUUUAUAUAAAUUAUAUUAU